UUCACCAGACUGAGCCUUGUUUUAACAUUGAACUCUCUGGAAACAACGUUGACAGAAGGCUUAUCGAUCUCCUUGUGAAGCUAUUUUUUGACACUUCUCAUUUUAAUUCUCAUCAUGGACUGGAGUGGAUCACAGAGGCAAAGCUCAACUAUGGGAGGCCACAGUUACCAUAGCUCACAGCAAUCACUGAGGCUGAGGAAUAGGCAAUCCACUGUUGCUGACCAGAGCUCACCUCAGUUUAACUGGAACCCCAGUCCCACGGAAGAAAGUGAUGAAGGGUCUUCAGACACACCCCGAAACCUUAGAGAGCUGCCUAUGCCCAUGGGACUCAAAAAAGCCAUAAGACAAGUCCAGCAGAUGAAGGUACCAGUGGUGUCUGGCUGGCAGUCCUGGAAGAUGAACAAGGCCAAAACUCUGAAGAGGUUUGGGGAAGAAGCAGGAGGUGCCCUGGCCUACAUUGCACUGUGGCGGCGAGCUCUGCACAAGAUAGGGGGACACUUUGGUGGCGGUGUCCAAUCCUACUUCCUGUUUCUACGUUUCCUGGUCGUGCUCAACUUCCUGUCGUUCCUGUUGAUUGCAGGUUUUGUCCUUAUCCCCAACAUUGUAUUUCAGUCCCGUGGUUCUAAUGGCAAUAUUGCAGUCAACAACAGUGAUGUUCCAUCUGAAUGUACAGUCUAUGCCCCAAACCCUCAAGGCUUGGUUAACUUCUACAGCUAUUUCAUUGAUUUACUUACUGGAACGGGGUUUAUGGAGUACUCGUACCUCUUCUAUGGUUAUUAUAACAAUACAGUGGAGGUGAGAGAUGACUUCUCCUACAACAUUCCCAUUGCAUAUAUUCUUACAGCGGCCUUCUACUUCAUCUUCUGCCUGAUCUGCAUUAUCAUUCGGAUGGGCGGUGUGAUUCGCGUCACUGUGAAAACGGGAGGAAGGGCAGUGGGCGGGUACAGCAUGCUGGUUUUCACGAGCUGGGAUUACGGUCUCCAAGGCGAGCGAGGGACCAGACUGAAGCAGAACAACAUUCGCUAUCAGCUGCAGGUGGAUCUGGAGGAGGAGUGUCUCAAACUGCAGGCUGCGUCUCUGACCCUGGCUCAGACCAUAGGCCUGUACUCUCUCCGAGUUCUUCUCAACGUCAUUGUCCUUGGACUCAUCGGAGGGGCUUUCUACUGCAUCUUCCUGGCCACUGAGUUUAGCCAGAGCCAGUCAGAGACGGACUUCCUGAGUCUGGCGGUGCAAUACCUGCCUUCCAUCGUCAUCACAGUGUCCAACUUCCUGGUGCCUUUCCUGUGUGAUCAGAUAGCCCUGCUGGAGAGACACUCCCCAAGCACCACCGUCAUCCUGGCACUGCUCCGGGCGGUGUUUCUGCGUAUGGUCAGUCUGGGUGUGCUCAUUUUCACACUGUGGAGCCAGAUCACUUGCAAAGGAGUGACUGACAGCCCAGAUUGCAAGCUUUGCAGCUACAACUACGAGCAGUAUCAGUGCUGGGAAACCAGCGUGGGACAGGAGAUGUACAAGCUGGCAAUGUUUGACUUCAUCACUGUCAUCGCUGUUAUGAUUCUGGUGGAGUUUCCCCGCAGAAUGGUGGUAGAUCACUGCUCUUGCAGGCUGGCGAAGUUUGUGGGUCGACAGGAAUUUGUGGUCCCUCAGAAUGUCCUGGGUCUGGUCUAUGGACAGACAGUGGUGUGGACCGGAGCUCUGUUCUGUCCUCUACUGCCUCUCAUCAACACCAUCAAGUUUAUCAUCAUCUUUUACUGCAAAAAGCUUACACUGUUUUACAACUGCCGUCCCGCGAACCGGACCUUUCGAUCCACCAGCUCCAACUUCUUCUUCCUCCUGGUGCUUCUCUUUGGCUGGAUCCUGGCCUCUGCAACUCUAAUAUACAGUGUUGCUCAGAUUCAUCCAUCAAUGAGCUGUGGCCCCUUCCGCACUUUGACAAUGAUGUGGAGCGUCAUUCCCAACUCCUUCAACUCGCUCUCUGCCUCCACCCAAGACUUCCUGCGCUACAUAGGUUCCCAGGCUUUCUCAAUCCCACUCUUCAUUCUGACCUGUGUGGUGCUGUGUUACGUUGCUGCUCUGGCUGCAGUCUAUGGAAAAACUGUCUCUCUUCUCAGAGCUCAGCUUAAAUUGGAGGGACGUGAUAAGCAGUUCUUGGUAAAGCAAAUACAGGAACUGAGUUCAGCCAGCAGGAGGAGAGAAAUGGUGGACGAUCAUUCUGCCUAUAUGGAUAUGGAUACCUAUCGAGCUGGUCCAGAAUGGCAAUAA